UGGAGUGUUGCUGACAUCAUAUCAAGGUCAAUGGUCAUUUUCACCAUAUACUUCCUGUUUACAUUUGCCAGUGAAUUGUUCUUGCGCCCUCUGCUGAAGACCCUCGACACUCAGCGCUGCCUCAGCCCUACAGCCAGCCCAGUUACUAUGACAGUCUGUGCUUUGUUCGCUUUUGCAGCCAGCAGAGGGAGCAACAUGGCAAUGAAAACUAGAGUCAGAUGAUGGGAGGAGGAGGAGGAUCAAGCAAAUAAACCCUUGGGUAACGUGUGCAAAACAAGUGCUGUAAUUCUGGUUACCAUGACCAGGCCUUAAGACCACAACACACUUAUUCUGGAGUAUUGUGAUUGUACAAAUACGUCUUUAAGGGCAUCUGCCACACGGGUCUUACCUCACCUGAAACCUGUACAAGCAAGCUACAGUAACAUAAGACAAAGCUCCUCUUUGUGGGUCAGUGAUGCAGCGGGAGUGACGCAGCAGUGGCAGCAGCCUCCAGAAGGCAACUAUACACAGCAAUAAGAGGAACAGGGAACUUUUGCCAGAACUAUAGUCCACAGACAGCUACCAGACAACUGUGAAGAGGGAAGAUGGUAAAGGCCUAAUCUAGGCCAAAAGGGAGAACGGGAGCCGGGUAGUCACUCUGCUUUCCUCCUCCAAACAAACACCAGAGAGACUUCCACAGCGGCAGAGACAGGCCCAGCAAGACCUUCCGCACAGACACAUUUUGAUGACUGUGGUGUCUCCCUGCACUCAGAACCUGAUGGAUAGUUCUCACCCUCACACCGUGCUAAGCAAGCUCAAUGAGCAGCGCUCACAAGGCCUUUUCUGCGAUGUAACCAUUGUGGUGGAGGAUGUUAAGUUUCGGGCCCACAAGAACAUCCUGGCAGCCUGCAGUGGUUACUUCAGAAGUGCUCUGACAACUCCUGAGACAUGGAGCUCCAGUCAAGUGCUGGAGUUGAUGGACCUGAAGUCUGAGGUGUUCGCUAGUAUCCUCAACUUUAUCUACUGCUCGAAGGUGACAUCACCUGCUGCAAAGGACACAGGGGGCCUAGUGGCAGCGGGAAAAAGACUUGGUAUUCCUUUCUUGGAGAAGCUUGCAGAACAAGAGAAACUAGACUCAGGCAUAACUCAAAACCUACCCGAAUAUGUUAAUUCCACAGACUCCAGCGCAGCCCCAGUGCCUACAAAAACAAAGAAGGAAGCCCCCAGGCCCGAGGAGAUAGACAGUGCCAGAGGGCCACGCAUCACCAAUGCCUUCUCCAUCAAUGAAGUGUGCCCUGGGAACAAUCCUUUCACCCCUCUGGUUCAAACCAAUGGUGAGAGGCAGUCACCAGAUGUGGGGCAGCUCCCAGCAAGUUGCCCUACAACCUCCUGCCUCAACGGGAACAAUGAGACCACCCAGGCCCUCUCAGAGCACUCAUAUGCAGUAAGCCAAGCCACUGAAGAAAAAGAUAACAGUCAGUGGGACAACAAGAAAGUCUGUAAGCCAGCAAUAUCACAGCCAAAGCAACUCAUGUACCGGAAUGCAGGCCCGCUUAAAAAGCGCCACAGGCUGAGAGGCACUUUGUGUAGAAAUAUACUUCCAGCACCAGCUGAACCACACACAGAUAAACCAAAUACUGUCACCCCCAUAUUAGCUGAUGGUGCAACGGCAGCACCUGUUGCAGUCAUGACACCACCUCCACUUUUUUCAGAGGCAGAAACAGACAAGCGUAUAGACACAGUGCUUCCAGUGGCAACUGACAAUGUCCAAAUGGACUUAGAUCCACCAACUCUUUCUCCUCACACAGAGGACAGCAUCUCAAUCUAUGGAUGUGACCACUGUCCAGAGAUAUUCACAAAUAAAGCUCUUCUCACCAUUCACUCAGAGGUGCAUAAAAAGCGCUUUGUUAGUCAUUUGUUUUGCAAGUUUUGUCACAGAAAGUUCAUACACCUCAAACGGCUGCGCAACCACGAGCAGAUCUGUCCCAAGCCUGUGAGAGGCCCACCUAAACUAGAUACCAGUGACAUAUCAGCCAGAGAGGUGGACCUCCAUUCAGGUGACACGCCGCACAUGGAGAACAUCAUGACACAGCUUCCCUCUGCUGACCUCUCUGCCCCUUACAGUCCAGAGCCUCUUCAAAUGGACCAAUCAGAGCCUCCGCAGGAGGAGAAGACAAUAAAGCCAGGUGGUAGUCAGAAGAGAUACAACUGCAGUGUGUGUAAACGAGUGUAUGUCACCCUAUCCAGUCUGAAGCGGCACGAGAAUGUACAUUCCUGGCAGAGGGCCUAUCCCUGUCAUUAUUGUAAUAAAGUGUUUGCUUUGGCAGAGUACCGUACCAAGCAUGAACUCUGGCACACAGGUGAACGCCGCUAUCAGUGCAUUUUCUGCCUGGAGACCUUCAUGACCUACUAUAUCUUAAAGAACCAUCAGAAGUCUUUUCAUGGCAUUGAUCCCACACUAGCUGUGAAGAAAAAAUCGGCCAAUGGUGGGCUGAAAGCCAGUGUUUAUCCAAUCAAACUUUACAGGCUCCUGCCUAUGAAGUUUAGAAAGAGAAAAUACAAGACAUAUAGCGAGACAUAUUCAGAGACUGGUGAAAGAGGCGAUCAAGCUCCAUCAGAUAGCAACUCUCCUAUCCCUCCAUUUGAAAAAAAUGGUAUGAUCAGCUACCCUGACACUGUUCCAUUCCCUCUGACAUUCAUGGCAACGACUAAGACAGUGUCCCCUGUCAUGCCUCGUAUCAGCUUUGACAAACCAUGUGACCAAGAUACUGACCAAAGUUUGAACGCUGAAUUGGAAAGCUGUCACCAGAGAGGCACAAGAAAAGAGGCUGAGCAUAGAGGGUCACCCUUCAACUAUAACAGUACCUUCUCUCUGCAACCUGACACAGAUUCUCCUGCAGGAGGUCAGAAAGAUGAUCCUCUCGAUCUGAUUAGCUCACAGCACAUCAGUCAUAAUGUGCCAUUCUUAAACUCUUUGAACACUGUUAAAAAGCUAGGUGAGUUAUCAGCUUCUGCAAAAAGAGUUGAGGAUAUGACCAAGGAGAUACUCCAGUCAAGCACUGAGAAACUAGUACUUGAUAAAAAGGUGGGGGCAAAGACGGAGACGUAUUUUGCCAAACCUGCAUGCCCUGGUCCAUCAGCGGAUGGUGACACAAUGCCUCUCUGCCAGAUAACAGUGAAAAUAGGCAAUGAAGCCAUCAUCCGCCGCAGAAUCAAAGGAUCCAAGCUCUUCCCAAGAAAGAAAAGGAGAGUCAGAGAACUGAGCGAAGUGGAAAGUCAACAGUCUCCAGUACGGGACAACUCGGAGAGCCCCAGGCUCCGCCUCAGACCAGAAGUUCCUGCCGCUACAGCCCCUGAGACAUAUGAUGAUCCCAAUGACUGUGACACAGCUGAUAAGCUCUGGCGUCCCUACUAUUCUUACAAAGCUAAAAAGAAGACAAAGAAGCUGAGAUUCAAGCACAGAAAAGCUCUGUUUCACCGUUAUCCUGAAACAUCUGUAGACAGAGCUGCUGACAGUGAGGCCCAACUUGACAGCUGGCGGACAGAAGAGAGUAUCUCAGGUGGUAGUGGAGAGUUGAAGCGUAGUCUUAGCAGGAACUGUAGCCCGAGGGCCACCUACAACUGUGACAUCUGUGACAGCUCUUUUAUCACAGAGACUGGUUUGAGAGCACACAUUAUUGGUUCCCACCCAUGUUUCUGCCGGACUUGUGGUAAACAAGGUCCCCCGGGUGAGGCACCUGCCGGCAGUGAUUACAUCUGCAACAGCUGUAUGGAGAGCGGCUCCUGCUUUGAUAAUACACCCCGGAGCCCCAACCCAGAGAAGAAGUAUCGCUGCUCCUUCUGUCCCCAGCGUUUUCUCUACCUUGCCACCAAGAGAAGCCAUGAGAAAAAACACCAGGAGACAAUGGAGGAGGGAUACAAUUAUGACAACUUCAUACCAUGUUCUAAAUACUCAGCACACCUGAGUGAAGAUGAUAAACAAGACUUUAUCAAAACAGAGGAAACUGACAAUCAAGAGAGUACUGACAUGAAAGGUGAGAAGGUGGAAGGAGGACAUUUUUCCUUGGAUAAAAUUAAACCUAAAAUUGAGGAUACAACUGACUUUAUGUCUUUGACUCCAUACCAGGAGAUGUCAUUUUCCAACAUUAAAAGUCCAUUAUCGCCCUGCAGUGACCGACUGUUCUCUCUGACACCCUCAAAGAUGAAACACAAAAUGGCCAAAAAACGAAUCAAUGCAAUGCAUUCUAUGCAUCUCACUUCAAAAAAACAAGCCUGUGACAGAGACAGCGAUAGCAACAAGGACAGUUUGUCGGGGUCAAGAACAAACAGUCACAAUGAUCGUGAGAAGUCCUGUAAACUGUCAAGGAGAAAUGACUCUGACUCUAAAGGUACCCACAUUUCUAUACACAAGCCAGAGAAAUGGGUGUGCAAAGAGGAGCCAUUCUUUUAAAGCCCCCGGAGGACGGCAGCCAGCUGUAGGCAAAAGAGAAAAUGAAUGAAACUUGACUUUGAGCCACUGCUUUGAUUUGUAAAUGUAAGAGUUGUAAUGUUGUCUUUGUAGCAGAGCUCAAUAAAAUGUUCCUACAGGACAACAAACACUGAACACGAGGAUCUUAUGUCGGUUAAAGCUGUAAUAUCUUCCCUCCUAAACUCAACUGACUGAGUGAUUUUUCACCUUUGUAGAAGAUAUUUUUUGGAUAAUAUAGGACCUUCUGACACAGACUGUACUUUUUUCCAUUGUCUAUGCAUAUAAGGCAGACUCAGUGACAUGACUGUAACAUCAAGAAAAGAAAUAAAUGUUACUUCAGAGUAGUAAUUCAUGAUUUAAAAUGAUGUGUAAUUUCAGAACAGGGGUGGCAACACCUUCACUUUUUAAUAUAUGUAUGAGGAAAACAAUAUGAGUCCUGCAACUGUCACAUUUCUGAGUCUUCCGUUCAGUUAACUGGACAUGGUGAGUUGCACUUUAUAGUUAGACUAUGCUAAUCUGUUGGUUAAAUACUUUGAUAAUUCAAUUAAAAUUCUAAGCAUCAUUGUUAUAAUUCUAAUUUCUACCACAUGGCACCAUUGAGGUUACAGUUAAUACUUUUGUGUGUUUAAUAUGUAUAAAA